AUCAGAAAGCUAACUAAGCGCAGUGUGGGGAUGCUGAGCUCUGCUAGGGUGGCUGGUGGCUGGUGGGCACUUGGCACCUUAGCUUGGCACUUGGCAGCGCAGCAGACCCACAUCCUUGCUUCCAUCCAGCUCCCGCCUUUCUUGCAUGCUCCGUAUGCAAAGAUCAACCUCCAAAACAGAGACCAUGGCGAACCAUGGCAUUGGAUAUUUGCUAAUGCGUCUUUAAACUUGCAAUUGGAUUGUCUCUGAUGUCAUCCAAUUACGAGUUACAAGCUUGUUCAUGGCUUUGAUUCACUUUCCGUCAAACUUUUCAUAUUGGGGCUGAGGUUCUCGUUGCUUUCGAACUGACCCCUUUGAGAUUCAUCAGGUCACCAAAGCCAUAUUCAAGAUUUGGCCAAACUCUCCUCAGAGCUAACGAAAUACACGAGACGCGAAGUUCUGAUAUCCGAAGAGGCCAGAAAUAGAGAUGUCAAGCUUGCCCAGACUUCCAGAAACUCUCAAGCAGGACUGGUUUCAGCGUCCCCCGAGGAAAUACUACGGACACAAAGGAGACGUUAUCAUCUCGAGCACCGCUGGGCACCCAUUUCCUGUCCUCCGGAGCCAUUGAGGUCU